UAGAAAGCCUGAUAGACACAGCAGUGUUGCGGCUAUUCUCAUACUUGGACCAAGGACAAAGCUGCUGGAUCUUUGAGAUUAAAGUGCCCUCUGCUGUUUGAAGUCUCCUGUUCAGCAAAUAGAAGACCACUUUCUCUGAUCCUUGGCGAAAGCUGCUUUGGAGGAAACAGCAAUCAGAUAGAAAUAUUUCUAUGAAUACAGAGAAAUUGGAUUCUCCCAUUUGUUGAUACAGAGGAAGGCUUUGUGAUGGUGACUCCAGUUCCUCUGGCAGCAGAAGACUUCAAAAUCACUCUCGCAGAAUUGCGGGUUUUAAUGGAAUUUCGAAAACAGGAAGCAGUGAAAGAAAUAAAAAAGAAGUAUGGUAACGUCGCUGAAAUCUGUAAACAGCUGCAUACUUCUCCUAUAAAUGGGAUAUCUGGUUCCCCAUCAGAAUUAGUGAUUAGGCGAUCUGUAUUUGGAAAGAACUUUAUACCCCCUAAAAAACCUCUGACAUUCCUAGAAUUAGUAUGGGAAGCACUGCAAGAUACGACAUUAUGUAUUUUAGAAGUUGCAGCCAUCAUAUCCUUGGUACUUUCAUUUUAUGAUCCCCCAGGAGGAAGUGCUCAAGCAUGUCACGCAGAUGACUUUGAAGAAGAUGAAGAGGAGGAAGCUGAUUGGAUUGAAGGAGCUGCAAUACUAUUGUCAGUUGUUUGUGUAGUGCUAGUUACGGCUUUCAAUGACUGGAGUAAGGAAAAACAGUUUAGGGGAUUGCAGAGUCGUAUUGAAAAAGAACAGACGUUUUCUGUGAUCAGGAAUGGGGAAAUAACACAAGUGCCAGUGGCUGACUUAGUGGUGGGAGAUGUUGCACAUAUCAAAUAUGGUGACCUUUUACCAGCUGAUGGUUUGCUUCUCCAAGGGCAUGAUCUGAAAAUCGAUGAAAGCACCCUCACAGGAGAAUCAGAUCAUGUCAAAAAGUCUCUGACAGGGGACCCCAUGUUGUUUGCAGGUACUCAUGUAAUGGAAGGCUCUGGGAAAAUGGUUAUUGUUGCUGUAGGAGUAAACUCACAAACAGGAAUUAUCCUCACCUUACUUGGGGUUGGAGAUGACAGUGAAAAAGACAAAGAAGACAGCAAAAACCCUAAAAAGUCAAACGAUUUGGAGAACAGCAAGGCACCUAAAGUGGAUGAAAAUAAGUCACCUGAAAAUGCAAAUAAACCAGCUCAACACAAAAAAGAAAAAUCGGUUUUACAAGCAAAACUCACAAGAUUAGCAGUUCAAAUUGGCCAAGCAGGGCUGGCAAUGUCUGUAAUCACCGUUAUUGUCCUUAUACUUUCUUUUGCUAUACAAACCUUUUUGGUUGAGAAGCGUCCCUGGACUGUUUCGUGUACACCAGUUUACAUACAAUAUAUUGUAAAGUUCUUUAUUAUUGGUGUUACAAUCCUGGUUGUAGCAGUUCCAGAAGGCCUUCCACUUGCAGUCACCAUUUCACUUGCAUACUCUGUGAAGAAAAUGAUGAAAGACAAUAACCUUGUGAGACAUCUGGAUGCUUGUGAAACUAUGGGUAACGCAACAGCAAUCUGUUCAGAUAAAACAGGAACCUUAACAAUGAACAGAAUGACUGUGGUCCAGAUUUUCAUUGGUGGUACACACUAUAAAAUUGUCCCUGCACCUGAUUUAAUUCAUCCAACCAUGCUGAAUUAUCUGCUUAAAAGUAUUUCUGUAAACUGUGCUUAUACAUCUAAAAUACUUCCUCCCGAAAAGGAAGGAGGACUGCCCUGUCAAAUUGGCAAUAAAACUGAAUGUGCCCUACUGGGCUUGCUUCUAGAAUUAAAUCAGAAUUAUGAGGCUGUAAGAAUUAAGAUACCAGAAGAGAAAUUAUAUAAAGUCUACACCUUCAAUUCUGACAGGAAAUCCAUGAGCACAGUUUUAAAAAAUGAAGAUGGUAGUUUUCAACUGUUCAGCAAAGGUGCUUCUGAAAUUCUCCUUCAGAAAUGCACCCGACUUUUGAAUGGUGCUGGAGCACCUGCCCCAUUUUCAAAAAAAGAUAGGGGAAAUGUUAUUAAAAAUGUGAUUGCACCAAUGGCGUCCGAGGGACUCCGAACCAUAUGUCUAGCUUUCAGAGAUUUCCCAGCUGGCUUUGACCAAUCAGAUCAUUCAGUAUGGGAUAAUGAGGACGAUAUCAUCACGGGUUUGACAUGUAUUGCAGUUGUAGGUAUUGAAGAUCCAGUGAGACCUGAAGUUCCUGAUGCAAUUAAAAAAUGUCAGAGUGCUGGCAUUGUUGUGCGUAUGGUCACUGGGGAUAACAUUAACACAGCUCGUGCUAUAGCUAUAAAAUGUGGCAUUAUUCGACCUGGGGAGACGUUUGUGUGUCUAGAGGGGACUGAUUUCAAUAAGCAAAUACGGAGUGCAGAUGGGAAGAUAAAACAAGAGCUUAUGGACAAGGUUUGGCCUACACUUUGUGUGCUUGCAAGAUCCUCCCCUACUGACAAGUACAACCUCGUGGCAGGGAUCAUUAACAGCAAUAUCACAGAACAAAGGCAAGUGGUAGCUGUGACUGGUGAUGGUACAAAUGAUGGGCCUGCACUAAAAAAAGCUGAUGUUGGGUUUGCAAUGGGUAUUGCUGGAACAGAUGUAGCUAAAGAAGCUUCUGAUAUCAUUCUGACAGAUGAUAACUUCUCAAGCAUUGUUAAAGCAGUUAUGUGGGGCAGAAAUGUAUAUGACAGUAUUUCCAAAUUUCUUCAGUUUCAACUCACUGUCAAUGUGGUAGCUGUGGUUGUUGCUUUUACAGGAGCAUGUGUCACCCAAAAUUCUCCCCUGAAAGCUGUUCAGAUGCUGUGGGUCAAUCUCAUAAUGGAUACCUUUGCCUCUCUUGCUUUAGCAACAGAAAAGCCAACAGAGGAUCUGUUAAAACGGAAGCCCUAUGGUAGAAAUAAACCUCUUAUUUCCCGUGUAAUGAUGAAAAAUAUUUUGUUUCAUGCCAUAUAUCAGCUUGUAGUUGUCUUUACACUUCUGUUUGUAGGUGAAAAAAUAUUUGAUAUCGAAAAUGGGCGAAUUGCACCAUUGGAGGCACCACCUACCCAGCAUUACACUCUUAUAUUUAAUACGUUUGUGAUGAUGCAGAUUUUUAAUGAAGUCAAUGCUCGAAAGAUUCAUGGAGAAAGAAAUGUGUUUUCAGGAAUAUUCACAAAUUCAAUUUUUUGUGGUAUUACUCUGGGAACAUUAGUUGUACAGAUUGUCAUUGUGCAGUUUGGAGGAAAGCCCUUUAGCUGUACAAAGAUUACAUUAGAGCAAUGGCUGUGGUCAAUCUUCUUUGGUAUGGGCACCUUAUUAUGGGGUCAAGUCAUUGCAAGUAUUCCAACCAGCUAUCUAUGGUGUCUGAAAGAAGUUGGUGAGACCCCACCAGUAGCAGAAGAAGAAGAAGAGCUAGCUGACACCACCGAGAUUGACUAUAGUGAGCAGCAGCUGCGUCACAGUCAAAUUUUGUGGUGCAGGAGCCUGAAGAGAAUACAAGUUCAGUGCAGAGUAGUGAGGGCAUUUCAAGCUCCCUUACGUAGUGAGAGACAUUCAGCAUGUAGCGCUAAAGUCUAGGGAAACAUAUGUAAUGGGUCUAAACCUUUCUUUCAUCUGUUUUUGAAUCUGCCAAGUCAACAUGACUAAUACAUAUGUUCACUCCAUUAAGAAAUGGUUAGGAUUUGUUUCACAGUA